CUUUUGCCCCUGCCUCUGAAGCUCAACGAUUUGGGAGCCCUCCACCCUCGCCGCCGCCCCGCCGCCUGCAUCCCGGGGGAAAGCGAGGGUCUGGGAAUGGACGUGGGGUCCUGCCACCUCGGCGGCAACGCCGACGCGGGGGAGUUCUGCCCGCACCGCCCCUUCCGCCACAUCCUGGCGGCAGCCACGUACACGCUGCAGGAGCAGGCGGGAGAGGAGCAGCAGCAGCAGGACCGCGCGGGCACCGUAUCGCUCUUCUCCGUGGACGCCGGCGCGGAGGACAAGUCCCGACGGCUCCGGCUGCUCAACACGGUGGAGACCGCCGGCGUCUUCGACAUGAAGUGGAGCCCCACGGCGCCGCUGCUCGCGCAGGCCGACGCCCACGGACGCCUCGUGCUCCGGCGCCUCCAGCAUGAAGACGGCUCGGACGAAGGUGUUGUUCUAACAGAUGUGGUUGCUGGAAACAUUUCUUCAUCAAUGUGCUUGUAUGUGGACUGGAACCAAAAUGCCGAUUCCCUGGCCGUUGCAUUAUCAGAUGGUUCACUGUCUGUGGUUCCCAUGAGAGAGGACCGCCUGGAGGUAUCAGAACAAUGGACUGCUCAUCAGUAUGAAGUUUGGACAUGUUAUUUCGAUCGUGCAAGACCACACUUGUUGUACAGUGGAUCGGACGACUGCUCUUUCGGUUGCUGGGAUUUGCGGGAAAGCCCAUCGAAUGCUGUGUUUCGGAAUAAGAAGACUCAUACUAUGGGUGUGUGUUGCAUUGCUUAGAACCCAUUGGAGGGGAAUAUGCUACUCACUGGAAGCUAUGACGAAUUUCUCAGAGUUUGGGACAUGAGAUCAGUGGCGGAGCCAGCCAGCUGAAGGAGCCGGGGCAAAGUCUUUACACGGCGAUGUUGCCCGGCAUUUGCCCAAGUAAUUAGUACUGCAAAUCAUGGUUUCUUUGCAUUGUUUAGUGAAAAAUGGCCGGAGCAGCCCGGGCAGCUGCCCCAGGUCGCCGGGAGCUAGCUCCGCCACUGCAUGAGAUCAAUGAUGAAACCUGUGAACGAGAAGUCCCUGAAUUUAGGAGGUGGUGUAUGGAGGUUGAAAUAUCAUCCUAAUAUUGCAGAUGUCGUAUUGGCUGCAUGCAUGCACAACGGUUUUGCCAUUGUUAAAGCAGGGGCUGGAGUGCUACCAUAAUGGAAACAUAUUGCAAGCAUGAGUCCUUAGCAUAUGGUGCAGAUUGGCAGACAAGUGAAGCAGCGGAAUAUAACACGAAUUCUUCAGUUAUCGCUACUUGUUCAUUUUAUGACCGCCUUCUCCGUGUGUGGCAACCAGAGAACCUAGUCAACCACCCAACCU